GGGGGAUUUAGCCAGUAUUAAGUAUAUGACAGAUGAUAUAAGACUUAAUGCAAUAGAACAGGAAGCUGCCAAAGGUUUGAAAGGUCCACAAGUAGUUGUUUCCAAAGAGAAGGAUUUUAGUUAUGCAGUUCAUCACAACUCUGAUGGGAAUCGUGAUUCGGAUCCAUCAAGGCAUCCAGAAGAUGCUGAUAAACUGUUAGAAGCAAAAGAUUCAGAAACUUAUGUUAAAGUGAAAGUCGAGCAAAUAAAUAUGCAGAAUAUAAUACGGAUGAACUCCAGGGAAAAGGAGCAAUACAAUCAAGAGACAGGUAGUCAUGAUCAACAUUUACAGUCCCAAUCACACAAGGUAACAGAUGAGAGAUCAGCUCAUUCGAGCAAAAGUGUACUUAAGUUUUGCACAAACCGGUCACAAUACUCAUUUGCUGAAAGAAUUGCGAACGCGAAUCAAAAGGUUGAACGUACAGUCGGUUUGGAAAACAGGCGCCAAAAGUAG